AUGUACGAUGACGAGUAUGAGGAAGAGCGAGCGCCGCCACUCCCGACUCCUCUACCCGCUAAUUGUUUUUUUUUUCACGCCACGAGACCGCGUUCGCCGCGAAACAGCUUUCAGUUGGAUUAUUCAAUUGACUUCUUCAAAACGUAUAUCGAUACGCAGCGGUUUUACGCCGGCCACAAGUUGGAUUUCAAACAUCAAAGUUGUGCCGGCGGCCCUGGUUCCGGUGGUGGUAGUGGUUGCGCUGCUGGAGGAGUCGUCGUCGGCGGCAAUACCAACUCAGCAACACAGCAUCAGCAAUCAGUAAUCAGCAGCGGCAACAGCGCGAGCAACGGCAGCAGCAACAGCUCGGCCCUGUCGCUCACCCACAACCACCCGCACGUCCACAGCAAUCACGCCCACGCCCACGGACAAGCGCUAGCGAUCACACACGGCCAUCACGGUCUGUUGCCGUCGGUAUCCGUUUCCGGGCCCCAGCAACAGCAGUCGCAACACUUGCCCGCAGGAGUGGGCGCCGCCCCGCCUCUGCUGCAGCAACAGCAGCAGCAGCACAAUCAACAACAGCUGAUCAACAGCGGCGGAGUGUCCGUCGCCCCGACUCUGCUGAUCGGCAACGGACCGAGCUCAUCCGGAACGGGAUCAGGAUCGGGCGCCGUGUCAGCAGCCGCAGCGGCCGCAGCAGCAGUCGCCUCGAUACCACAAGUGGCGCCCCACAGCCUCGGCCUCAGUCCGCAGUCCAGCGCUGACUCGCAGCAGUUCAACAUCUUCCCGGCCAUCUUCAGCCGGCAACUGAACUUCUCGUCGGGCGGGCAGGCAGGCAAGCUGAGCAUGGACGAGCUUCGCCCGAAUCUGGUAGGCGGGCUAUUGGGCCUGCAGCAGGGGCUGCUCGAGGAUCAUGCCAGCAUGCAGCACGGAGGCGUCCAGGACUCCAAGUUCAUGUCGUUCCAGGACCAGCGACUGAUGGGCAUCGGCGGCUCCCACGAAAACCGUCUGCUCAGCCUCGCCACGUCCGUGCAGGACACGCGAUCGCCCAUCACCACGCUGGACAAGUCGUCCACGUCGUCGCUAAACCACCAACGCAAAUGCAGCAGCACGCCAGAGGACUUCAGUGCGCUGUACUCAGGCCUGCCCACACCUGGAAUGGACUCAUCCUCGCACCAUCACACUCCGGCCCACACGCCACCCUCACGACUCUCCGACCACACAAUAUCUGCGGAAGGUGCAUUCAAGAAGCUUAAGCCGGAACCCAACAGCGGCCUCUCGACAGUUUCCGCCGGCAUCACGUCGCCCGGAAGCGGAUUAUCAACGCUGAGUCAGCACGCUGGCCACACCCCAACCACAGCAUCCUGCCCUACGCCAGCCAGGCGGAGACAUCGAACCACAUUCACACAGGAACAAUUAGCGGAACUGGAAGCUGCAUUCGCCAAAUCGCAUUAUCCGGACAUUUACUGUCGCGAGGAGCUCGCGCGUACAACAAAGCUGAACGAGGCACGGAUUCAAGUUUGGUUUCAGAAUCGACGCGCCAAGUAUCGCAAGCAGGAGAAACAGCUCCAGAAGGCGCUGGCACCAUCUGUAAUCCCAUCGUGCAACGGAAUGAUGCGAAAUAUUCAGGGCUACAGUGUGUCGCGUGGGUACCAGCCAUAUCCCCAUCACAAUACCAUGAACCGGUAUCCCCAGGAUCUUUUCCAAAUGGGCGCCUCCUCGUAUCCGGGCAUGACGCAACCAUUUUCAAUGGCGCAUAGCACAAACAUGGGGUCUGUUGGCGUGCGUCAGGACUCGAUGGGCAUGUCCCCGGAAGAUGAGUGGUACAACAAGAGUCUAUCCGCCCUACGGAUGAACUCGUCGCAUCAUCCGAACCUAUCGGCACCAAUGCUCCAAUACCAGACAUAAUCAAAAACCUUUGACGACUUCUUUUAAAAGAUCGCUCCACAGCCGCCCAGUCGUGGGCGGUUGAUGUGCGGUGUUUUAAGGGCGAGUACGUCAAAUGGUGUCCCGCAACACACGCAUGCAUCCGUGAAUACUUCUAUCUAUAUCUAUGCAUAUAUCUGUGUAUAUAUGUAUAUAGUAUAAAUACGAGAGUGCGGCAGUCGGUAGCUUUCAGCCCUACGCCCCAGCUCUAGAGUACAGAUCCGUAAAGCAAACCAAACCGGUCAGAUCGCAGUUCGAUCAAAUCGUUCGGUUACACUUCUAGCUCCAUGCUAGAUGUACCUAUAAGACUUGUUGAUAUUAUCCUGUUUUUUUGUGCACUAAAUGUCUUAGAAGGAAAGCGAGUAAGCCGAACCAGACGCGAAGGUAAACAAAUAGAAAUGGAAUAUACUGUAAUAAGAAACUAGUCAUAGGAUUUAAUUAAAUUGUGUAUUGAGAUUUUAGCGUGACAUUAUUAAGAAUAAAAGUAAACCGAAAAUCACGAAUAAAUAUAUAUACAUAUAUAUACCGUAUAUAUAUUUAUAGCAAUACACAUUAGCGAUAGGAUUAAGUAUGUUCCACUCCACACAAAGCAGACAAGUAUGGUCUGAUCGAAUCUGCUACUGACUCAGCGAUCAGUGAUCAGUGAUCAGUGCUCCAACUGAAACUUCAUUCUCCAUUCUUCAACGAUUUUUAAUUGCCUGCCUACUAUAUACCAAAUAUCGAAUACUCGCUCGUGCAGCAUACGUACAUAGUAGGUCGUAAUAGGUCCAAAAUCCUCCCCAGUAGCCCACUCUACUAUCACACAACUCGUUCUCGUUCUCCCCGAUGAUCAAGGGAGAUAAGGCCCGAAGAAUCCAAACCAAGCUAUCGUAAAAAACUAUGAAGCUUUCGAACUAUAUCAAGAUGUGUCGACUUAGUUAUACUAAGGGGUUUUUUUUUAGCUAAGCAAUUCAUAAAAAAGUUAAAUUAAAUUGUAAUACUAACUAAGUCCAAACACGAAACCAAUUAAAGUACAUAUACCAUAUAUUGUAUGUAUAUUUAAAUAGGAAAAAACCCAAAGCAAAACAAAACUACAAAAGUAAUUUUUAAUUAAUUAUGCCAGACACACCAUCAAUGGAAAUAA